AUGGAAGCAGACGCCCGCAAAUCUGGUGAAUUGGUCCGCGUCGAUUUAGUACAGACAAUUGUUCCAGGAAUCACACUGAUGGCGGCCGACGGGGGUGGGGUGGUGGCGUCGGGCGUGAUCAAGCGCACGCUCGAUGCCAUGCGCGAGGCUUCAUCGGCCCCGCCCAACACCCCCGCGGGUCGAAAGGGCCACCUGCCUCCCCCGGUGGCCCCACCGGGGGAGGCAGGUGGGCCUCCGUCCCCCCUGGCCGUCGUAUCCGGGGAUGACGAUUCGCCGCGGUGCUCCUCCACGAGCGCCAUCAGUACUUUACGCCGGUCUUCUGUGAGAUCGUGGUAC